AUGACGACCACCUACAUCCCCGAGUCGGCAACCGACCACUUCGACUAUGUCAUCGUCGGAGGCGGCACAGCCGGCUGCGUCAUUGCCUCGCGGCUUGCUGAGAACCUCCCGGACAAGAAGAUCAUCGUGAUCGAGGCUGGUCCUAGCGACUUUAUGGACGACAGGGUCCUCAAGUUGGACCAGUGGCUGGCCCUACUGGGCGGCGAGCUGGACCACGACUACGGCACAACGGAGCAGCCCAUGGGCAACUCUUACAUCCGCCACUCCCGCGCCAAGGUGCUCGGUGGCUGCUCAUCGCACAACACUCUGAUUUCGUUCAGGCCGUUUGAGUACGACAUGAAGAUCUGGGAGUCGUUUGGCGUCCGCGGUUGGGACUUUGCUACCAUGAUGCGCAUGAUGAACAAGCUGCGCAACACGGUUCAGCCCGUCCACGCCCGUCACCGCAACCAGCUCUGCCUGGACUGGGUCAAGUCCUGCAGCACGGCCAUGAACAUUCCCGUGAUUGAGGACUUCAACAAGGACAUCACCCAGACCGGCUCCCUCAAGCAGGGCGUCGGCUUCUUCAACGUCUCCUACAACCCCGACGACGGCCGCCGCUCCAGCGCCUCAGUCGCCUACAUCCACCCCAUCCUCCGCGGCGAAGAGCACCGCCCUAACCUCACCAUCCUCACCAACGCCUGGGUCGACCGCAUCAACGUCCGCGGCAACGACGUAUCCGGCAUCUCACUCACUCUCCGCGACGGCUCCAAGCGUACCCUCAACGCCAAGGCCGAGACCAUCCUGUCGGCCGGCGCCGUCGACACCCCCCGCCUGAUGCUCCUGUCAGGUCUCGGACCCAAGGACCAGCUCAAGGCGCUUGGCAUCCCCGUCGUCCGCGACAUGCAAGGCGUCGGCGAGAACCUCAUCGACCACCCCGAGAGCAUCAUCAUGUGGGAGCUCAACAAGCCCGUGCCCAAGGGCCAGACCACCAUGGACUCGGACGCCGGCAUCUUCCUCCGCCGCGAGCCGCCCAACGCCGCCGGCAAGAAGGCCACCCCCACCAACCCCAAGGCCAUCCCCGACGGCGACAUUGCCGACGUCAUGAUGCACUGCUACCAGAUCCCCUUCACCCUCAACACCACGAGGCUGGGCUACCCGGAGCCGGCCGACGGCUACGCCUUCUGCAUGACGCCCAACAUCCCCCGCCCGCGGUCGCGCGGCCGCCUGUACCUGACCUCGCCGGACCCCAAGGUCAAGCCCGCGCUCGACUUCCGCUACUUCACGGACCCGGAGGGCUACGACGCCGCGACGCUCGUGCACGGCAUCAAGAUGGCGCGCGAGGUCGCCAAGCAGGCUCCCUUCAAGGACUGGAUCAAGGGCGAGGUCGCACCCGGCCCCAAGGUCCAGACCGACGAGGAGAUCAGCAAGUACGCGCGCGGCGUCGCGCACACCGUGUACCACCCCGCGGGCACGACGCGCAUGGGCGACGUCAAGAGCGACCCGCUGGCCGUCGUCGAUUCGGAGCUGCGCCUGCGCGGGCUCAACAAGAUCCGUAUCGCCGACGCCGGUGUCUUCCCCACCAUCCCCACCAUCAACCCCAUGCUGACGGUGCUGGGCAUCGGUGAGAGGUGCGCCGAGAUGAUUGUCGCCGACGCUUCCAAGCCGCAGGCCAGGUUGUAG